AUGCUGAAAGGAGGCAUCUUCGACAAAUCGCACCGGGUGCCCUGGCGCUACCAUGAUUGGAUAACACAGCGCAUCGGGGCGCCCCGGUGGGCACAUGUGCAAUUUGUCGAAGAUGCUAUUACAGAUCUCCAAAAUGAGACUCCUCCAAAAGGAGACUCCUCCAAGAGGAGACACCUCCAAGAGGAGACUCCUCCAAAAGGAACCACCUCCAAGAGGAGACUCCUCCGAAAGGAGACACCUUCAAGAGUUGACUGCUCCGAAAGGAGACGCCUCCACGAGGAGACUCCUCCAAAAGGAGACACCUCCAAAAGGAGACAUCUCCAAGGGGAGACUCCUCCAAAAAGAGACACCUCCAAGAGGAGACUCCUCCGAAAGGAACCACCUCCAAGAGGAGACUCCUCCGAAAGGAGACACCUUCAAGAGUUGACUGCUCCGAAAGGAGACGCCUCCACGAGGAGACUCCUCCAAAAGGAGACACCUCCAAAAGGAGACAUCUCCAAGGGGAGACUCCUCCAAAAGGAGACACCUCCAAGAGAGGACUACUCCAAAAGGAGACACCUCCAAGAGGAGACUUUUCCAAAACAGACACCUCCAAGAGGAGACUCCUCCAAAAGGAGAUUCCUCCGAAAGGAGACUCCUCCAAAAGGAGUCACCUCCAAGAGGAGACUCCUACAAAAGAAAACCCCUCCAAGAGGAGGCUCCUCCAAAAGGCGUGGUUGUUUUCUUUCGUGA